CCGCCCUGCAGUCCCCAUGCCGGCCCCACCGCCCUUCCUGCCUCUGCUGCUGCUGGUCGGGCUGACCUCACGGGUUGACCUGCUGCUAGGGCCUGGGGGCCACCCGGGUGUGUGCCCCAACCAGCUGAGCCCCAACCUGUGGGUGGACGCCCAGAGCACCUGUGAGCGUGAGUGCGUCGGGGACCAGGACUGCAAGGCCUCCGAGAAGUGCUGUGCCAACGUGUGCGGGCUGCACAGCUGCGUGGCCGCCCGCUCCCCGCCCGGCAGCCCGGCUGCGCCCACCCCAGCCAACAGCCGGGCCACAUGCGAGGGCUUCGCGUGCCUGCAGCAGGGCUCCGACUGCGACAUCUGGGACGGGCAGCCCGUGUGCCGCUGCCGUGACCGCUGCGAGAAGGAGCCCAGCUUCACCUGUGCCUCUGACGGCCUCACCUACUACAACCGCUGCUACAUGGACGCCGAGGCCUGUCUGCGCGGCCUCCACCUGCACGCGGUGCCCUGCAGGCACGUCCUCAGCUGGCCGCCCAGCAGCCCUGGACCGCCCGAGACCACCGCCCGCCCCACGCCUGGGGCCACGCCCCUGCCGCCCGCUCUCUACAGCAGCCCAUCCCCACAGGCGGUGCUCGUUGGGGGCACGGCCAGCCUAAACUGCGACGUCCGUGGGCACCCCCCCCCAGCCGUGACCUGGGAGAAGCAGAGCCAGCAGCGGGAGAGCCAGAUCAUGCGCCCUGACAGGAUGUACGGCAACGUGGUGGUCACCAUCCGGGGGCAGCUGGUGCUCUACAACGCGCAGCCCGAGGACGCCGGCCUGUACACCUGCACUGCGCGCAACGCCGCCGGCCUGCUGCGGGCCGACCGCCCGCUCUCUGUGGUCCAGCGGGAGCCGGCCAGGGACGGGCCCCCCAGCAUACCGGUUUUGGCUGGGUGCCUGCCCGAGGAGCGGGCCUGCCCCAGCCCUGCCUCCCAGCGCGUCCUCUGGCGCUUGGACCCACAGCGGGGUAGCUGCAUGACUUUCCCCACCCACGGCUGCGAUGGCGCUUCCCAGGGCUUCGAGACCUACGAGGCAUGCCAGCAGGCCUGUGUCCGCGGCCCCGGGGACGCCUGCGUGCUGCCUGCCGUGCAGGGUCCCUGCCAGGGCUGGGAGCCGCGCUGGGCCUACAGCCCCCUGCUGCAGCGCUGCCACCCUUUCCUGUAUGGCGGCUGUGAAGGCAACGGCAACAACUUCGAGAGCCGAGAGCGCUGUGAGGGCGCCUGCCCCGUGCCUCGCUCCACGCCCUGCCCGGCCUGCCGUCUCAGGAGCAAGCUGGCACUCAGCCUGUGCCGCAGCGACUUUGCCAUCGUGGGGCGGCUAACUGAGGUGCUGGAGGAGCCCGACGCAGCUGGGGCUGGCAUCGCCCGUGUGGCCCUCGACGACGUGCUCAAGGACGACAAGAUGGGCCUCAAGCUCUUGGGCACCAAGUACCUGGAGGUAACGCUGAGUGGCAUGGACUGGGCCUGCCCCUGCCCCAACGUGACUGCCGGUGAUGGGCCUCUGGUCCUCAUGGGAGAGGUGCGCGAUGGCGCGGCUGUGCUGGACGCCGGCAGCUAUGUGCGAGCCGCCAGUGAGAAGCGCGUGAAGAAGAUCUCAGAGCUGCUCGAGAAGAAGGCCUGCGAGCUGCUCGGCCGCUUCCAGGACUAGCCCCGGGGGCAGCUCCUGCCCCUAAUAAAAGUGUCCCUCUGCCCCACCUGAGGACCAGCCCUCUGCCGUCUGCUCUUCCAGAGGGCCACCAGGUGGGGCUGUGUCUGCAGGGCAAGAGCGCCAGGGGGCAGCUCCCCUUGGCAUCUCCACGGGAGCAGGGGUGGUGGCCAGCUUGGGCC